UCUUUCUUUUCUUCUCUUCCUCCAAAAAAAAAACCCUUUCUGCUGCCUCAACCAGCAAUCCUUUUUUUCUUCUUAUCCCUCUUCUACAUUCUUCCCUUUUUCUUUCGAAAAUUGUCGAAGAAAAAAUAUUAAAAAAAACCCGGAAAAUCUAGAAAAAGACAUCGCCCCGGUUUCUAUACUUUGAGGCGACUAUUUUCCCAACUUCUUCGGACUGUGCGCUCAAAAGAAAUAAAACUUAAAAAUCAUCAAAAUGUCUGCCGACGCCUCUACCACCCCCGCUGUUGACAGCAAUGUCACCAGCACCCCCGAGACCAGCACCACUCCUGCUGCUCCUGCUCCUGAGGUCACUGCUGUUGAGAGCACCACUGCUCCCAACGCUUCCCAGCCCCACUCUGCCUCUCUCUAUGUCGGUGAACUCGACCCCUCUGUGACUGAGGCCAUGCUCUAUGAGCUUUUCUCUUCCAUCGGCCAGGUUGCCUCCAUCCGUGUCUGCCGUGACGCUGUUACCAGACGCUCUCUGGGAUAUGCCUAUGUCAACUACAACAACACUGCCGACGGUGAGCGCGCUCUUGAAGAUCUGAACUACACCCUGAUCAAGGGCAAGCCCUGCCGUAUCAUGUGGUCUCAGCGUGACCCCGCUCUGCGCAAGACUGGCCAGGGCAACGUUUUCAUCAAGAACCUGGAUAGCGCCAUCGACAACAAGGCUCUUCACGACACCUUUGCUGCCUUCGGUAACAUCCUCAGUUGCAAGGUCGCCCAGGAUGAGUUCGGCAACUCUAAGGGAUACGGGUUCGUCCACUACGAGACUGCUGAGGCUGCUAACAAUGCCAUCAAGCACGUCAACGGCAUGUUGCUGAACGACAAGAAGGUCUUCGUUGGCCACCACAUCUCCAAGAAGGAUCGUCAGAGCAAGUUCGAGGAGAUGAAGGCUAACUUCACCAACGUCUACAUCAAGAACAUUGACCCGGAAGUCACGGAGGAGGAGUUCCGUCAGCUCUUCGAGAAGUUCGGUGAGAUCACCUCCGCCACUCUCAGCCGUGACCAAGAGGGCAAGAGCCGUGGUUUCGGUUUCGUCAACUUCUCUACCCACGAGAGCGCGCAGGCCGCCGUUGACGAGAUGAAUGAGAAGGAGAUUCGUACCCAGAAGCUCUAUGUCGGCCGUGCUCAGAAGAAGCACGAGCGUGAGGAGGAGCUGCGCAAGCAGUACGAGGCUGCCCGCUUGGAGAAGGCCUCCAAGUAUCAGGGUGUGAACCUUUACGUGAAGAACCUCACCGACGACGUCGAUGAUGAGAAGUUGCGCGAGCUCUUCGGACCUUAUGGCACCAUCACCUCUGCCAAGGUCAUGCGCGACACCAACAUUGAGCGUACUGAGACCCCCGAGUCCGACAAGGAGAAGGAGAACAAGGAAACCAACAAGGAGAACGAGAAGGAAUCCUCAGAGACUGAGAAUGCCGAGAAGGUCGAGGAAAAGUCCGCUGAGUCUGGCGAUGAGAAGAAGGAGGAGGAGGAGAAGGAGUCCAAGAAGGGCGACAAGAAGGGUCUCGGAAAGAGCAAGGGCUUUGGUUUCGUCUGCUUCAGCAGCCCCGAUGAAGCCUCCAAGGCUGUCACUGAGAUGAACCAGAGAAUGGUCAACGGCAAGCCUCUUUAUGUCGCCCUUGCUCAGCGCAAGGACGUCCGCAGAAGCCAGCUGGAGGCCAGCAUCCAGGCUCGCAACACUAUCAGACAGCAGCAGGCUGCCGCUGCCGCUGGUAUGCCCCAGCCCUACAUGCAACCCGCUGUUUUCUACGGACCUGGUCAGCAGGGCUUCAUCCCCGGCCAGCGUGGUGGCAUUGCCUUCCCUCCUCAGCCCGGUAUGGUGAUGGCCGGUAUCCCAGGUGGACGCCCCGGUCAGUACCCUGGUCCUUUCCCCGGUCAGCAGGGUGGACGUGGUAUGGGCCCCAACCAGCAGCUUCCUCCUAACUUCCAGGGCAUCCCCAUGGGCGCCAUGCAGGGCCCCGGUGGCAUUCCUAACGGCAUGGGCUACCCUCAGGGCAUGGCUCAGGUGCAGUUCGGACGCGGUGCUGGUGGCCGUGGUCAGGUUCCCGGAAUGCCCAACAUGGGUCAGGGUAUGCGUGGCCCUGGCUACGGACAAGGCCGUGGUGGUGUGCCCGUUCAGCAAGGCCAGAUUCGCCCUGGUCAAGGUGGCCGUGGACAGAACGCCGCUCAGCCCCCUGCCGGACGUCCCGAGGAGGCCGUUGCCGGUGGUCUCACCGCCCAGGCUCUCUCUGCCGUCCCCCCUCCUCAGCAGAAGCAAAUGCUGGGUGAGGCCCUCUACCCCAAGAUCCAAGCUCAGCAGCCUGAGUUGGCAGGCAAGAUCACUGGUAUGCUUCUAGAGAUGGAGAACACUGAAUUGCUUACCUUGCUUGAGGAUGAGGAGGCCCUGCGCGCCAAGGUCGACGAGGCCCUGAGCGUCUAUGAUGAGUACAUGAAGAACAAGGGAGGCGAGAGCGAGGCGACCGGAGAGGCCGGCAAGCCCAAGGAGGCUGCCAAGGAGACCUCUACCGAAGAGAACAAGUCGUAAAUUUUGUGUGUCAAUGCGUGAUAUCCACGGUGGAUUCGGACGGAGUUAUGAACUGGGUCUCCCGACACGGAAGUUUUGAUUCACCUUAUUUUUUUUUUUUUUUUGAUGACCUACCCUUAUCCCCUUUCUCG